AUGUUCAGCGGCCCACCGAUGUCCCCUCAGAAGGCUGCAGUCCAGGAUAAUCCCAAACUUCUCUUACCUUCACAUGUCUCUUUACUAGCCCCUGGUGCGAACAGUACUGACCCCAUUGAAAUCAUACCCCCACCUAUCGUCGACUCGGAUGACGAUUGCAUAGACUUUCUGGAUUAUGAGGACCGGAAGUGUUUAACUUGCGGUGCUCGUGACGAGCAUACCACCCGAAGUUGCCCUAUUAGCAAGACAUGCUAUACUUGUGGCAUGAAGGGCCACAUCAACAAAACGUGUCCUAAUCGAUAUUCUCGCUCGCUUAAUCCAGACUUAUACAAUGAUUGCGACCGAUGUGGUUCUAAAGGUCACAGGACGAACGAAUGUCCGACUCUGUGGCGGAUAUACCAGUAUGUCACCGAUGAAGAACGAAUGCUUAUCAAGAAAAAUCGAGAAGCAAGGAAACAACUCCGCAUCGGGCAGGGUGGUGAGGGUUACAUCGGCACAGAUGAAUGGUGCUACAAUUGUGCAAACACUGGGCACCUAGGCGAUGAUUGUGAUGAGCUCCCGAGACCUUCUGGAACGCCUUUGGAACCUUCCGCAUUUAGUGCCUUCAAUCUGAUGUCCGGCCCAUUCUACGACCCUGCAACAGAGUCCCCCCGUAUUCGACGGGGACCACGGGACCUGAGUGAAUGCGAGGACUUGACCCGAUUACCGGAUCUGGACGUUCCUAUAGACGUUGGAAAGCGUGGAAGGCACAAAGAUCGGGAGAAGCUGGAGAAAAGGUUUAGAGAACAGGAAGAUGGUGAACCGAGGGACUGGUUCAACGACAUGCAAAACACGAAGAACAGAAGGAUGAAGGAACCGCCGUCGCGCGGGAAAACGAUGAAGUUUGGGGCGUCACUCAAGGACGGUGGACGCAACUUAUCCCCUCCACGGAUGAGUGAGAAACCUCGCAGUCUUCUGGCUCGACUAGGUGAUGGAGGUGGUGACGAGUACCGAAAUGGCAGAGAUGAUAUUCAGGCCCAUAGUCUCCGUAUACGUGGUGCUGCAGAUCAUGCGAACGACAACGGUUGGCACCGCUGUCGGCAUGAUCAGCAGUUUCAGGAGAAGCGUUCGGGAGACAGAGAUUCUGGCAGAAGGCCUGACCGGGAACACAGGCCACGCUACAAUGGCGGUUACAAUAGGUGA